UUUCAGAUUAUCAAUUGAGAGAAGUGAAGUGACUUUUGUGUUAUCAUUUUAAGCAAAAUUAAUUAUUCAAUAAUGAUUGCAUAAUAUCGAUAUUUUACUUUUAAUGAUGAUUAUGUGAUAUCAAAUGAUGAAUAUUGCCUUGCAUUUCUUGACGUUUCUUACUUUACUUCUCAAGCCAGUUGUAAAUCAGCUUGUAACAUUACAUGAUGGGUCACCACUGUUUGGUCGUGAAGUGCAUGCUGAAAAUGGGAAAUUGGUUACGGAAUUUCUCGGGAUACCAUUUGCAGAACCACCAGUUGGACAAUUGAGGUUUCGAAAACCAAAACCAAAGCAACCAUGGCGAACACCAUUUAAUGCUACAACUAUGCCAAAUGCCUGCAUGCAGAGUUUGGAUACAUAUUUUGGUGAUUUCGAAGGAGCAACAAUGUGGAAUAGUAAUGUGCCCGUAUCCGAAGAUUGUCUUUACCUCAAUUUAAUUAUACCGGGACAGAUCAAUCGAAAUGCUCGAUUACCGGUUAUGGUAUGGAUAUAUGGUGGAGGAUUUUGGUCUGGAUGCAUAUCAUUGGAUGUUUAUGAUCCAAAAAUUAUUACUAGCGAAGAGAAUGUGAUAUUUGUGGCCAUGAAUUACCGCGUUAGUGUGUUUGGCUUUUUAUAUAUGGGCCGAGAAGAAGCACCUGGUAAUAUGGGCCUAUGGGAUCAACUUCUAGCAUUGAAAUGGGUUCGAAAAAAUAUCGAUUUAUUUGGAGGAGAUCCUAAUCAAGUGACAUUAUUUGGUGAAAGUGCUGGUGCAGCAGCAGUUUCAAUGCAUUUAUUAAGUCCAAGAAGUUCACCGUAUUUUCAACGAGCAAUUAUCCAAAGUGGAAGUGCUACAGCUCCUUGGGCUACAGAAUCCAGAGAGAUAGCAAUUACACGAUCCAUUGUUUUAUAUGAUAAUAUGCAAUGUGGAAAUAUGUCAAAAGAUCCUCAGAAUUGGGAUCUUGAAAAGGUGUUACGAUGUCUAAUAGAUGCACCAGCAGAAGCGAUCCGUGAUUCAGAAUGGGCACCUGUAAUGGAAUUUGCCGAUUUCCCGUGGGUUCCGGUAAUUGACGGUGAUUUCUUGAUUGAGCAACCGACAACAUCACUCAAACGAGGCAAUUUUAAAGUUGCUGAAUUGCUCAUUGGCUCGAAUAUGGAGGAAGCUAUUUAUUUCAUUGUUUAUCAGUUGGGUGAUAUUUUUCCACCAAAAGAUUUCUUCAUAAAGAAUGAUUUUGUGACAAGUCGCGAAGAAUGGUUACAUAGUAUAUCAAAUUUAUUACCCCGAAAAAUGCUGCAAUCUCCGUUAGCAUUAGCAUCGAUUAUCCAUGAAUAUGAACCAGCUGAUCUACCAAUUAAGCCAUCUGAUUGGAUUAAUUCAUUGGAUAAAAUGCUUGGUGAUUUACAAUUCACAUGUAAUAGCAAUGAAAUUGCAUUGGCUAAUAGCAUGCAUGGAGGUGAUACUUACUAUUAUUACUUCACGCAUCGGUCAAGUCAACAAAGUUGGCCCAAAUGGAUGGGUGUUGUACACGGAUAUGAGAUAAAUUUCGUAUUUGGUGAACCAUUGAAUACGAAGAAAUUUUCGUAUACUAAAGAAGAGCAGGAAUUAAGUAUGAGAUUCAUGCGAUAUUGGGCUAAUUUUGCCCGUACCGGAAAUCCGAACAAGAAUCCGGAUGGAACGUAUACAUCAGAUGUUUGGCCACAAUAUACACAGACAACAAUGGAAUAUAUGAAUUUAACAGUCGAAUCCAAUUAUUACGCUGGAGCAUCACGUAUUGGUACUGGGCCAAGAAGGAAACAAUGUUCAUUCUGGAAGAAAAUUCUACCAAAUUUGAUGGCUGCCGUAGCCGAUACUGGCGAUCAAGUAAUGCGUUGGAAACAAGAAAUGAACCGUUGGGAGAAUGAGUAUAUUAUUGAUUGGAAGCUUUACUUUGAACAAUACAAAAAAUAUCAAGCAUAUCGAUAUGCCGAUUCAACAAGUGGUCAAUGUUAA